AUGAAUUUCGAUAUAGGUAGUUUUUUAGAAAAGGAAAUAUCAAAGAAAAGGGAUGAAUUGAAGGAAGUUGAAAAGAAACCUAUCGAGAAUCUCAAUGAAAGCAAUUCUAGCGAACAGGAGAGUGUUACAUUAGACCCGGUUAUAAAUGUAUCUAACGGUCCAGUGCAUAUAAAAAACUCGAAACUGGAGAAUGCACUACCAAUGGCGAAUCCAGUAUCUGAACGACUAGAAACCAGACCAAAAAGAAUCGAGGCUAUAAUGAACAAAGAGAAUCAUAUGGAUAUGACUAUAGAUCCUGAAAGAAUUGGUGAAACUAACCAAGAUAUUUUAACCCAUGUAUCUAUGCAAUGUAAUUUGUACCUUCAUACGUUGUUGAAGGAAUGGGGAGCAAAUUCUGAGAAGUAUCAUCCAGAGCUACUAAAUGAGACGAAGAGAAAUUUGUUCCCAUUAUUUGUCAAAUUACGGAAAUGUAGUUUAGAAUCUGAUUUACUAAUAUCUUUAGCGACAAUAGUAUACCAUUUACAACAAGCAACUGUGGACACUAAUGAAAUCAAUUCAGCUAUUGAAUCGUACAUGAAAUUAAGUUUGGGAAAUGUUGCUUGGCCAAUUGGUGUUACACAAAUUGGUAUUCAUGAACGUAGUGCUCAUUCAAAAAUUAGGGGACAAGUUCAAAGAGCCAAUGUCAUGAUUGAUGAAGUUACUAGAUUAUGGAUUACAAGUAUUAAGAGGCUAAUCAGUUUCCAUGAUUGGUUUCUUAAGCAUCAAAGCCCAAUAUUAAAAAAGAAGUAA